AUUUCUGUAGAUAAAUGCAGUAAAAGCCUGGGAAUAUCAGACUAUCGAAUCAGAGACGAGCAGAUGUCAGUAAACAGCGCCUACAACAACGACUUUGCCACGUUCGGAGCUCACCGGGCGAGACUUAAUCUAACUAGCUGGCCACCUGGUUACAGAGCUAAUAAACAGGGAGAGGGCUUUUUCUCCUGGCUAGCAGUGAAUCUGGAUCAUGACAUGGUGAUAACAGGAAUUGCUACACAGGGAUAUGGUAAUUCGUCUGUUCAAGAAUGGGUUGAAUCCUAUAUAAUAUAUUACGAGAAAGGAAAUGACGUUAAGUUUUUCACUGAAGCAGACGGCCUCUCCCAAAAGGUCAGUAUCAUAAUAGCUUAAGCAUUUCACGAUUUAUAAUUCCUCACGUGAUAUAUUUUAAUAAUUCCAUAAAUUAAUCCUUUUUAGGCCCCUUCAGUAGUUGCCUGCGUGCAGGCGUCUCCUAUUUCCUUUGUUGCAAGUGGAAAAGGGACGUCUGCGUAACGCCGUCGCUAAUCGUUUUCCAGCGUCCCGCUGGCAGGGUAUUCUAUUUCGCAUAAAUUGUGAAAUAAUAUCCGGUUAGAAAUAAGAGUUGACAGGCCAAACACAACAUUUGAACAGAGGUUUUUCUUCUUUUCUCUCUCGCUCGAAGGUUACUAGCACUACACAGUGCAUGCAGCAUUGAACUUUGACUGAGUAAAUCUUGUUUUUGCCGCCCUAAGUCUUAGAUUUAUUUAGAGGUCAUGAAGCAGGCUUUUUACAUGCAUACUGAGUAAUCAUUUCCUGUGGUUUAUGCUUCUGUGGGUGUUCCUGAUAGGAUUUGAUUUCAGACCAGUUGUAAAGUGUUUAAAUUUUCUUUGACCUCUGUUUGUUACGACUAAAUAAAAGGUUUAGUUUCUUUGGCUGGCUUUCUCCGAAAUGCCUGCAUGGUGCAAAGUCCACGCCGCUUUUGUACUUUUCUGAGACACUGUUUACAAAUAUUAUGUUAUGUGUCAUGCAUAGUAAAUUGUAAAGAAAUAAUUUCCUCGUACACGUUAAAUUUUCCGCGGCCUCGCAAAAGAUUUCGAACGCUCUGCACACAAUGGCACAUGUUUUGAUUUGUUCUGGCUGGAAAACCCCGAUUACAUAAGAAAAUCGCCGCAUACAUUAUCAGACCAGAUUCGAGGACAACCAAUCAGCGUUAAGUCAAACAAUGCGCUCUGUGUGUCAGCCUAUCACAGCAUGUUCUCAAGAUCUUGGGAACCCAGCGGGACGCUGGAACACGAUUAGCGAUGCCGUUACGCAGACGUUCCUUUUCCGCGUGCAACAAAGGAAAUAGGAGACGUCUGCACGCAGGCAACUUCAGUAGUCACUGGUGAGAUUAUGAUGGUGAUGAUGUUCCUUGAAAAAUGUAAAGCUACCAGAUUUCCUUUCAAGGGCCAAGACGUCAUACAAUACUCAUCGUUUGAAAGUGAACAUGCAUGGUUUCGUCCUUCGAAGAUAGCAGUCCAUUACGACCGUAUAAUUUCCGUGUAUACUUUUCACAGUAACCGCGGUCGGAGCAACAACUAUUGUCUUUGAAUAACUAAUGUUGGUCCUUCGAAAGUCUAAGAUGGCCAUGACUUCAGACUAAAGACUAGCAGUGGUGGGUCUGAAGAUGGCUGGUGAGACCAAACUGAUCCAGCCCAGAAGGGUCACCCACACUCGGGACACGAGUGUGUGGGUGCUGCAGUGGAUGUGGUGGUUGCUCUAUCUUUGCGCGAGGCGCAUUUUCUACGUGCUUCUGCGGUCCGUUAUUUUCUGCCGCACGAGCCUCAGUGGUGACUUUGCUGGUCCAAGCUGGACGGUCCUGCAAGUGACUUCGAAAUACUGGGGUUGAUCGGCAGGUCUUUGAGGGACUCUUUGAGGCAGUCUUUAAAAAGUUUCUUCUGCGCGCCAACCAAGUGCUUGUCCUGAGAGUUCUGCCCAGAGUCUCUAUUCAGUAGCUGCUUUUUCAGUCGGCUGUCAGGCUCUCAGGCGACAUGGCUUGUCCAUAUAACCUGGGCUUUCUGUAGGAGCGUGUGAACGCUGGGGAUAACAGCACUUUCUAUGACGUCCGUGGUAAUUUUGUCCGCCAUCUGACACGGAGAAGUCUGAAAAUACAGCUGGGGUGGAAAUGAUUAAGUUGCUUGGCGUGUCUGCAAUAUACUUCAUGAUGACACCACCCUUAAAAGUGUAAUACCCAGAUAGGUUACGUUGUCAACUGUCUGUAGGUUAACCGUAGUGUGUGGUUCUUGGUAAGGCUUUCCAGGUACAGGCUGACACAUGACUUUAGUCUUUUGGUGCUGAUGGUAAGGCCAAAGUUGUCACUGCCUAGAGACAAGCAGUCGAUUUAUCGCUGCAUCAUUUGCUCUGUGCUGGCGUUGAGGGCACAGUCCAGAAAACAUGAAGUCCCUGAUGACGGUCUCUUUCACCUUUUGUAACAGCCCUCUACCACCUGAGGUUGGGUAGCCCACCGUCAGUCCUGUAUCUAACCGAUAUUCCAUCUUGCCAGAAGGCGUCAGUCAGCAUGGCCAUACUGAAUAGCGUUGGAGCGAGAAAGCAGCCUUGCUUCACGCCAUUCGUAACUGGAAAGGAAUCUGACUUGUCUCCAUUAUCCAAAACUUUAUCCAUCAUACCAUGGUGAAAUUGUCGGGCGAUCGUUAUGAACAGCCAAAGUUCUCCAUUAUCUUCCACAAACUUUCUCUGCUCACCGUAUCGAAGGCCUUAGUGUGAUCAGCGAAGGUCACAAAGAAUUUACUGUGCUGUCCUUGGCAUUUUUUUGGAGCUGGCGUGAAGCGGCAUUUCCACGUUCUGAGAGGAAACCGCACUUUCUGGGAGGAGACACUGCUGAAGAUGCUGGAUGAGGCGGUUGAGAAGGAUGUGGACCAAGAUCUUGCCUGUAAUGUACAGGAGAGAAGUACCUCGGUAAAUGUCACAACUUCGGCGUUUGCUUUUCCCGCUGUAGAUGUGGACUAUGCAUGCAUCUUUGUUAUGGAACAUUCCCCUCAUUCCACAGACUGGAAUAGCUUUGUCAGUGUCUUUAUCAUGGUGGCGUCACCUUCUUUGUGCAGUUCAGCAGAGUGCGUCUGGUCGUGGCGCUUUGCCAUAUGAGAGUUAAUUGAUAACCUUUUGGAAUUCUGUGGCAACUUGUAAAGGUCCUGACUGAUCUACACUUGGGCCAGGCGGGCAAUGGCCUCGUCAUUGAUUUGAGCAUAACGGCUGAGGACUUGAUCGAAGUGUUCAGCCCAUCUCUUCAAGCUCUACUUUUUCUCAGUCAGCAUAACAUCUUCACUGAGGAGGGGGAAGGGCCAGAGGACUGUGGUCCAUAAACGUUCUUAAAGGCAUCAUAGAAGCAACCACUCUGAGGGAUCCCCGCCGACCGCGGCCUGCCGACCAGGGGAUGCUAAAGUAGGCUAAAUUUAGGCGCCUUUUCUAGCCCCUUUCUCUAUGGAGGUGAGCAGAGGAAAUGCUAAAAAAGCCUGCUCGGACACCCCGGGGGCUGCCGAACUCCAGGUCUGCGUCGAUCCAGUAGAGGGCGACCCUAUGUCCUGGGCUGUUGCUUCGCCACUCGUCCAUCGCCACAAGACUUGAAGUUGCGCAGAGUAGUGAGGACUUGCGCUUGACUUGGAUUAAAGCGUGGGAGAGUUGCGCAGAUCGUCAGCUUCACUCUCUCCUCCCGGCCUAUCUGAAUCCAGUACCAAAACAUGGUCAAGACGGCUGAAGAUAGGAAAGGAUGCAGUAGAUGUCCAGCAGUGACCAACAUGUCUCACUUGUGCCCCGAUCGCGCUCUGCCCGUUGAACCAAGGAGGUGGUUUAUAUUGACAUAUGGACGAUAUCGCUUUCACGAAUCGUCAACUACAUCAGCGCACACAGAACCUUAAAUUCGUCAAUCGGGUGGCCCAUGAUACAUCAUGGGGUCGAAAACCCACUGGCUAUCACGGACAAGUUUUGGUUCCUUAAAAAAAGCAUAAAUAAGUUCGAAUGCCUUGUUUACGAAGUGCUAUUUAUACAACAACUCAAACCAACACUGAACGUGGAAUCGCACUCGAUUUGCGCAAAGCUUUCCUAUUCAGAUAUCUACAUAAUAAUGAAGCAUGCACGAAUGCAAUCUAAUUUACUCAAACUUUAACUCUUUUAACAACUUUGAAAGUAAACGGUUCUCAUUCUUGAUAAUGAUGUUCGAAACGUCGAGUAACGUUCCUAAGUUUAAUUUCAUUUUUCUUGUUUAAAUGCUUCAGCAAGCUGAGCAACUGGCCAUAAGAUCAUAUUGGCCUGGAUUUAAAAUAGUUUAUUGAAUUCCAAAACUAAUAGUCCAGGUUUGUUAGAAAGACCAUAUUUACACAUUGAAACUGUCUCCUGUGGUCUGUUGCUACGGGUGGCAAAGUUGGACAUCGAUUGGCCUCUUUUUUUUUUUUCAGGCUUUAAUGCUAUGCAUGCAAAAAUUGCAAAAAAAUAUUAUGGUUAGUGCUUGAUAUCUAAUUUAUAUGUCUACCUGAGCAUUUUUGUGCAUGGAUAAGGUAAUGUUUUUAGCACAGAAAACAAAAAUAGCCCUUUUAGACCCUGUCUCAGUUCAGAUCAGUAAUCGCACCGUUGGACGUUGACAUUAGGGCGUUUGCCGUCGAUCCUGAAUAGCGUUGGAGCGAGAAAGCAGCCUUGCUUCACGCCAUUCGUAACUGGAAAGGAAUCUGACUUGUCUCCAUUAUCCAAAACUUUAUCCAUCAUACCAUGGUGAAAUUGUCGGGCGAUCGUUAUGAACAGCCAAAGUUCUCCAUUAUCUUCCACAAACUUUCUCUGCUCACCGUAUCGAAGGCCUUAGUGUGAUCAGCGAAGGUCACAAAGAAUUUACUGUGCUGUCCUUGGCAUUUUUUUGGAGCUGGCGUGAAGCGGCAUUUCCACGUUCUGAGAGGAAACCGCACUUUCUGGGAAGAGACACUACUGAAGAUGCUGGAUGAGGCGGUUGAGCAGGAUGUGGACCAAGAUCUUGCCUGUAAUGUACAGGAGAGAAGUACCUCGGUAAAUGUCACAACUUCGGCGUUUGCUUUUCCCGCUGUAGAUGUGGACUAUGCAUGCAUCUUUGUUAUGGAACAUUCCCCUCAUUCCACAGACUGGAAUAGCUUUGUCAGUGUCUUUAUCAUGGUGGCGUCACCUUCUUUGUGCAGCUCAGCAGAGUGCGUCUGGUCGUGGCGCUUUGCCAUAUGAGAGUUAAUUGAUAACCUUUUGGAAUUCUGUGGCAACUUGUAAAGGUCCUGACUGAUCUACACUUGGGCCAGGCGGGCAAUGGCCUCGUCAUUGAUUUGAGCAUAACGGCUGAGGACUUGAUCGAAGUAUUCAGCCCAUCUCUUCAAGCUCUACUUUUUCUCAGUCAGCAUAACAUCUUCACUGAGGAGGGGGAAGGGCCAGAGGACUGUGGUCCAUAAACGUUCUUAAAGGCAUCAUAGAAGCAACCACUCUGAGGGAUCCCCGCCGACCGCGGCCUGCCGACCAGGGGAUGCUAAAGUAGACUAAAUUUAGGCGCCUUUUCUAGCCCCUUUCUCUAUGGAGGUGAGCAGAGGAAAUGCUAAAAAAGCCUGCUCGGACACCCCGGGGGCUGCCGAACUCCAGGUCUGCGUCGAUCCAGUAGAGGGCGACCCUAUGUCCUGGGCUGUUGCUUCGCCACUCGUCCAUCGCCACAAGACUUGAAGUUGCGCAGAGUAGUGAGGAGUCAUGACUUGCGCUUGACUUGGAUUAAAGCGUGGGAGAGUUGCGCAGAUCGUCAGCUUCACUCUCUCCUCCCGGCCUAUCUGAAUCCAGUACCAAAACAUGGUCAAGACGGCUGAAGAUAGGAAAGGAUGCAGUAGAUGUCCAGCAGUGACCAACAUGUCUCACUUGUGCCCCGAUCGCGCUCUGCCCGUUGAACCAAGGAGGUGGUUUAUAUUGACAUAUGGACGAUAUCGCUUUCACGAAUCGUCAACUACAUCAGCGCACACAGAACCUUAAAUUCGUCAAUCGGGUGGCCCAUGAUACAUCAUGGGGUCGAAAACCCACUGGCUAUCACGGACAAGUUUUGGUUCCUUAAAAAAAGCAUAAAUAAGUUCGAAUGCCUUGUUUACGAAGUGCUAUUUAUACAACAACUCAAACCAACACUGAACGUGGAAUCGCACUCGAUUUGCGCAAAGCUUUCCUAUUCAGAUAUCUACAUAAUAAUGAAGCAUGCACGAAUGCAAUCUAAUUUACUCAAACUUUAACUCUUUUAACAACUUUGAAAGUAAACGGUUCUCACUCUUGAUAAUGAUGUUCGAAACGUCGAGUAACGUUCCUAAGUUUAAUUUCAUUUUUCUUGUUUAAAUGCUUCAGCAAGCUGAGCAACUGGCCAUAAGAUCAUAUUGGCCUGGAUUUAAAAUAGUUUAUUGAAUUCCAAAACUAAUAGUCCAGGUUUGUUAGAAAGACUAUAUUUACACACUGAAACUGUCUCCCGUUGUCUGUUGCUACGGGUGGCAAAGUUGGACAUCGAUUGGGCUCUUUUUUUUUUCAGGCUUUAAUGCUAUGCAUGCAAAAAUUGCAAAAAAAUAUUAUGGUUAGUGCUUGAUAUCUAAUUCAUAUGUCUACCUGAGCAUUUUUGUGCAUGGAUAAGGUAAUGUUUUUAGCACAGAAAACAAAAAUAGCCCUUUUAGACCCUGUCUCAGUUCAGAUCAGUAAUCGCACCGUUGGGCGUUGACAUUAGGGCGUUUGCCUUGACUUCGUCACCCCUUUUGACGUAAAAGCACCCACGCACACUAUACUAUUCGAAAAGUCUAGGGCAGGGUGUUGUUUCUCUGAUGGCCGAAUACCUCAUCGCACGCAUCAUUCAUUGCGGCUGCUAGUGGCGCACUUGUAUGCUGACGUCCGAACUUACUUUUAAAAUGUUAGCAUUAAAAGCCCCGUUUGUUGGCUCUUCAUCCGCGACAUUUCAUUUUCCUACAGCUAUAAAAAUCGGUUUUUGUUUUAAACCUUUCGGAGAUUACCAAAUCUGAAUAAGGAAGAAAAAAAAGAACAGGUAAUGGUGGGUAUUGCUCAAUGACGUAUCAUUAAUUGCCAUGAGAGAAGUGACUGUGUCUUAUUUUAUAUUAUUAUUUUUUUUUAUGUUUUUGUAUUCAUUUCAGAUCUUCAGUGGGAAUAGAAAUUCACAUUCUAUUCAAUACAAUGAGGUGCCAUUUCCAGUGGUAACAAGGAGAGUGACAAUCAAUCCAAAGGAAAUAAAAAAUAACUUUGCUCUGAGAAUGGAACUAUAUGGAUGCAAACCAGGUUAGUUUUCGUUCACUCGAGCCAUUUUUUACCGGCCAUGUCUCAAUCAAAAUUUUUUUUGCGGAACUAAAACAUUCCAAGAAAUAGGUGAAAACAUGCUGAUUAUUGGCAGUGCAUCUAUUUGUGACCCCACGCUGGCUUCUAAAUGCCUCAUUAGUAGCACCAGUAGUAGCAGUGAUAGUAGUAGAAGAAGACGACAAAGCAGCGCAGCAGUAGGAGCAGUAGGAGCAGUAGCAGUAGUACCAGUAGUGUAUGGUUGGCUACGGUUAAGGUUAGGUUGGGGAAAUGGUGCCAAGUUUACAAAUCCAAAUCCAAUGUCUUCAUUCACAACGAUUCCAUUUUGGUCCACGAAUAUAUUCAUUCACAUGCAACAACUACAUUGUGGUUAAACAUACACAGGUUCAGAUUCAACGACAUAAUAAUCCUUAGUUACGAAUAUAUUCAUUUACUUUCGCUACAUAUAUUCAUUCACACUCAAAAUCAAAAUUUCUAUUCAACACGGUUGCAAUAUUUAUUCAACUUUUUUAAAGGGAGCAAAAUUCACAAAUUCCAUUUCCUUCACAUUAAAAGAAUUAAUUCCUUUUAUCAAAUAUAUAUUCAUUUACAUUCGCGGCAUUAUAUAUCUGUCUGGAUUUGAUAAAAGGUACCUCCAGAAAUUGAUGUAAACAGCAUAUUAAGCACAUGUGUUUUGAUCUACUGCAGCUUUUAAGAGGAUUUUUGUACUGGAAAGACCAUUAGAAAAAAAAGAAUGGUCAAGUACUGAACAAGCCUCAAAUGAAACUUUUAUCAAAUCCAGACAGAUAGUCAUUCACAUUAUUCAACACUGCUCAUUCAUUCAACAUUUUCUACGCAUCCCUCUUCACGCACCGUUGGAUCCCAGGCUCCCGCCUGCUCUAUCCAUUGGAAACACGAGAGCAAAUUUUCGUGCCAAAACUAAAUAAUAUGGUGGAUGAAACAAAUAUCCAAUGAACGGGAAAAAGAGCAAACGUCUCCUUUACAGUGGGAUGAAGUAUUUUCUGCGGCAGACGAUCUCACCCUACGUUGUAGUAAGAAAAAAAUGUCAGAUCAGGUUAGAGUACCUCAUACGAGCCCUUCAACAAGUCCUGCCUAAUUUCAGAGUCAAUAGCGUAGCAUAGAAUGAAAUACUUCGACAUAGACGCAGUCUUAGAUUUAUCCCUCAGAGCAACACAAAACUUUGAGUGGACAUCAAGAGUGCGUAGUGAUCAUGGCGGGGAAAAGGUUGGGUGUGGAAUGCAAUGGAAGAAAGAAGAGCGCUUAAUCGAGGGAGCUUUCUUGUGGGAACAUCAAAAGUGAAAAGUGAAUUCAUACGAGAAAACUUAUGCAGCAUCUAGAAAUUUGUUUGUCGACAGACUAUAUUUACCGGCAACUGAAGCUUUUUUUUUUCAGUUAACUAAAUUUUUUAAAUUAUCAUGUUCUUGUACUGACGCCGCAAAACGAAAUACCAUGUACUGCUGCCAAGGUUCUUUUCUGUUUUUCAAAACUGAAUCGUUUAUUUGGCUUUUCGUCGAGGAAAGUGUCGCAAAGGGACUCAUCGAUGGCUGCGUUUUUGACAAUUUGAUGCAGACUUUUACGGCGGACCACAGGAAAAAUCUUUCAAAAUUUCAAUUUUUUAACUAGUCGUGAUCUUUCACUGUUGCCACAAAAUAUAGCUGUUAUCAAGACUCUUCUGUUAUUCGAAGCUGGUUUGUUUUUUUUUUGGUUUUUCGGUUGAGGAAAGGCAUGCCACGGGAUUCAACGAAAGGGAAAGUAUACCAAAAAGGCAUUUCUAGUAGAAGCUCUAUCCAAGGUGAUUAUGAGUAAUUAUUGCAGUGUUUGUCUCGUUUUAGUUUUAUUGUAAAGUCGGGCGUAAUUAUUUCAUGUCAUGACACAAAUUAAAGAUUUGAGACAGAGCGGAAACGAUGUAAAUGACCUCGAUGUCAAUGGAAAGAAAAAGUUUUUAGAGAAUACCCAGUUCUAGUUAUUGGUUGUAGAAAGUAAGGAUUAUUAGCAAAAGUCUUGCUUCGAGGCUUGUUCUCCUGUCUUAAACGCUAAGCCGGCUAAAAGCAAACAAACAUAAAGAAGAAGCAGGUUUGGAAACAUUUCCGUCACUCUACUUGCUGUCUUGAUUAAAAAGUGUCGUUGUUGUACAUGUUUCAUUUAAGUUUUAUUCAUGUUUUGAUCGUCAGUCUUAAUUUUGUAAGGUGUUGUGCAGUUGUUUUUCUUUUCGUUUUGCGGACUGUGCCUGUGUCAGGAUGGCGCGUGAGUGAAAUGUCUGAAAAUGGUUUAAGAAUGGCGUGUGAUUUGCGCCUGUGUUUACACAUUGGCUUAUUUUGUUCAUUCUCCCCGAAACGAAAGUACAGAAACGAUUAUUUCGAAAUUAUUAUACGUAAUUUCACGACCCUUUAGGCGAGUGAGAUUUGAGACAAUUUUGAAAUAUCACGAGUAGUAUUUAUGCCAAAUAUCACGUGCAAAUCAUGCUAUUGUUUUGUUUAAACUACUGCCCACAAAAAGUUUGUAAUUUUCACUUGCAGGUAUUUCAAAUUAAGCUGAAAUGCUACUGCUCUAAGCCAAUCAAAUUGCAGAAAUUUCUCAUGUAGUAGUAUGAUUGUUGUUACGUUUAUAAUUCUUGUAGUUGACGUCUAGCGCACAUUUAGCCUUAUCAAAAACAAACAACACGCAAAGGGCAGUUUGCGGCGAAAUGUUAAAUGAGUUAUCAACCUUCCUGGGUCUUUUCGUCAGAAAAGAUACUAAAAGUAUAACUUACAGUAAAGGGUACUGAGUAUCAGAUAUUGUGUUGUAUAUAUAUUGUUGUUGUGACGUCAUCAAAUUCUAAAGUCAAAAUAGCGAGGCUCCUUGAAUUCUUAUGUACACCAGGCUGAAGGUGAAAGAAAAGUAAAUCUUUGUAAAAGUUUCCAGCACCGCAGCGUCUUUAAUUUUGAAAAUACAGCAGAAAUGCGUACUCGACGAUGUCACGAUUGAAAUGAGGCACACUAACAGUUUUACCCAUGAACCUUUGUGGGUCGUGAGGCACACACUUGAGGCUGCAGCUUGAGAAAGUAUAUACAAAACGUUGAAUGAAUAUGUAACAGUUUUGAAGAAAAAAUUUGACCUUGAAUGUAAAUGAAAUAAUAAAUAUAUUUGAAAAAAGGAAUAAAUUCGUUAAAUGCGAAGGAAAUGGAAUUUCUGAAUUUUGCACCCUUGACAAAAUGUUGAAGGAAUGUGGCCAGCGUGUUGAAAAGAAAUUUUGACCUCGAUUGUGAAUGAACAUAUGUUGCAUAUAAGUGAAUAUAUAGUAACUAAGAAAUAUGUCGUUGAAUCUGAAUCCCUGUAUAUGUUGAAUGACAAUGUAGUUGUUUAAGGUGAAUGAAUUAAUAUUAGUGGACCAAAAUGGAAUCGUUAAGGUCUCGAUAAACGAAAACGUGGUGGCCACAGAAAAAAAUUCUAGUCGCGCGAGUAUUUUCGCUACAAAGGCAAGUUAUAUAUCAUAUUAAAGCUAAAAGACUAAAUUACCUAAUAAAAGAUUUUAUUUCAUCGAAUUUCAAAAGGCGCUUAAGUUUUUUGCUCUCGAACUCAGAGGUAUCAGGUUUACUGCUGAAGCUCCAGCCCUUUUGCGUUGUUAAAUAUUCACUUCCUUUUUAUUGCAUCUGAUUGACAGAUAUAAGACCUAAAAAAGGGUGUGAGGAAAUUUGCAUAUGUCUCGUAUUAGCGGAAUUAUUGCAUUUCAAACUAAAAACACGAAAAGUCGAAUCUCGAGCGCGAUUUACGCAAAGAAACUGACAUAAAAUGAGUUACAAAGGGAAAUCGGAAAAUUUCGGAGAAUUUUGAUUUUUGCGCCUAAAAUAGAGUGAGAGAAAAUCAGCUCUAAAGAUUUAGCGCGAGGUCCACGCUAGGCUGGUUAGCUCAGAAAAGGCUCAUUUUAGAAGGGUUAAAUAGCACUUUCUGGUUUUCUUUUUCUGCCAAAAUAAAAUUUAGGACCCACUGAUGCCAAGAAAAAACAAAAUCGAGCAAUAUACUAAAAUUUUCAUUUACCGAGACCUUAAAUGUGAAUAAACAUUGGAUUUGGAUUUGUGAAUUUUGCACCAUUUCGCCAACCACAGGUAGUGUCAGCUGUUCGUCCUUUGAGCUUGCGCUAUCUAUGAUGGACAAUUGCUUUUUUCACUUUGCUGCCCUUACCACUUUCCGGUGCUAUGCUAUUCCAAUAUUAUAAACAUUUUUUCGCAAUAAUGUUUUCAUUCUCUCUCUCUUUUUUUAGAAUUUUAUUUUGUGGCCUGGAUCGCCGUAUCAAAAUCUCGUUUCACAUUAGAGUUUGCUGAAAGAGAGAAUGAAGUUUAUCUGGCCUUGAAGAAAGAGGUUACCGAAGAGGUAUAAAGAAAAGAGAAAAUUACCCUGUCAUGGUUUUGAACUAAGAAUUGUUAUUAUUUGUAAGUGCUAUAGUUUUGAAAAGAACUCCUGGAAAAUUUUGUUGUUCAUGAAAAAUAUAACGAGUAGAGAAAUAUUCUUCUAUAAUAUUAGAUCUUUUAGCACUUAAAUUUAGGAGAGGAUUAUGAAGUACCUUGUAACUAUAUCUUCAUUAAAUUUUACUACUAUCUUUAACCAACAGCCGUAUACACUCUGGCUUUAUUUAACGUUAGUAUCGUUAUUAUUCAGAUAAUGCAACUAAUGGCUCAUGCUCCUGGUUUCCUCUCUGCCGAGUUACGAACACUUAGGUAGGUUCAUGUAAUGCAAAAUGCUGGCUAUUAAUGAGGUUAAUGAACGAUUUUUAGCUUUGCGGAAAAUUGUUGAUACUAGUUUGGGACAUGGAUAAUGUAAUGCUCAUUCGCUCUCGAUGAUGCCCACCCUUAAGCGUUGUAUUCAGGUAAAGACGUACCAUGAAAAGGUAUAAGAACAAAAAAGGAGCCUUAUCGUUUGGGCUGGGAUAGAAGAAGAAAACAGAAAUUGGUUGCUAAAGACGUUUCGAAAACUUAGUUGCAACGUUAUUUUUAUUCAAAAUCACCUAACAUGUGCAGAGUGGUAAUAAAACUGCAGCGAAAAUGAGACAAAAUACGGAAACAUCGCCAGCAAAGGAAACUAGAGGAAGACAAGAGAGCCCUAAGGAAAGAAAGUGUAAACGUUCUGGACAGCUUGGAAUUCUCUUGUAAUAGCAGAUGUUCUUAUGGCUUUACCGCGUGUUCUUUCGGGACGUGUCUCCCCCUCGCUAACAUUCUAUCCUCUUCCCUCGUUAAUAUUUAAUUAAGAGAGAAAACAGACGUUUGAGGAGGAGAGGCAUCUUAAUUUCUUCUGUGAAACUCGUGCGGUCGACUUGUGACAAAUCAAGUCGUUUAGCCUCUCAAACGUUUACGAUAUAGCACGUGAAGCUGAAGCUAUAGCCCUAGGUGCUUGAAUAUUGAAGUAGACUUCGGUUGACUUGAAUUAUCUUAAAUCCUAAAUUACCAACGCAUCAAAGAACUCAGCAGUUAAACAUAUAUACUUUGAUCAGCAAAUUGCACGAACGGGAACUGCCGAGCUCUAAGGCCACAUGAACGAGCUUUUUACGAUCAGCGCAAUUCAUGUCUGAAUGGGAUGGCAUGUUUGUCACCUUUUGUACCGAUUAAUUUCCGGCAUUAUCACUGGCUUUCAUCACCUAAUCAACAUCUUGGCAACUCUACUUCACCCUUUCACACAAAUCAAUCUUGACUGUAUCGGGCUCAGUCUCGUUGUUAUCCCUCAACUUUUUAAUUUGCUUAGUCCACAGAAGUCUGUUGAUUGGCCGAUUACGGCUGCUGAAAUCAGGAUCUUUUGUCUUCAAUCGAAGAUGUAUUCUGUGGCUGAAUAUCUAAGGAAAAGGAUUCAGAGAGGGGAUUCAUCCUUUUUUAGCGAAUACUUAAAUACAGAGCACCAUUGUGAGUGAAAGCAUAUCUCAUUACAAGAUUUUUUUUGCAUGAUCAAUAAACAAAUUGGAAGUUGAAAACACGAUUAAUGGCAAAGAGUUAAAAAAACAAGACUUUUAUCAUUCCCUGUACGUGAAAUUUAGUGUAUGAAAAGGGCCUUAGUUUCUCCUUCCUUUGAAGUUGCUUCUAUCAACCAUAAAAUCACUUUUAAUCAACUUCCAUGAUUUCUUUCUUCGCGAAACAAUUUCUGCUAAGGCUUUUAGAUUUGUUUUGAAGUGUUCGGCUCUCUUCAUUUUUCGAAUUUAUCCCUUUGAAAGCAUUUUCAAAUUAUAGUGAACAUAGCCCAACAAGUAAGCGACUAAAAUAAUUUUUGUAUUUUUUAUGGUUCAAGUCGUCAAGCUUUUAAAAUUCGUCCGAUUAAUGUUGCUUAAAAGUUCUCCACACGAGGGGCCUAUAAUUCUACAUCACACGACGAGGAAUAGGAUAUUUAAGCCUCAACAGAUGAAAUAUAUAUCUAUUAAAUAACAAUUAUUCACCAAAGUGGAGGUGGCUAGUACUGGGUAUUUACAGAGGCCGCGAAGCGGCGAGGUAAAUAUCUAAUACUAGCCACCGACACUGAGGUGAAUAAUUGUUUUAGUAUAUACUAAAACAGUGAGAUAAUUGAGCACAAAAUGAUGAUUUUUUAACUCAUUUACUGUUGCCAACGAUUACAAUUUUGGCGCGCGAUGACCGAACGUCCGCGGUCGUCGCUUUUUCUUAGCGACAAAUAAAACUUUUGAAGGCGUUUGUUUAGCUCUUGCGAGGAAGUUGUGAAUUCUGUUUGUAUUUAAAAUAAUUCUGUAAAAAAGAUUAUUAAAUUUAGUUUUAAGCUUAUUUAUGAACAAGUGAACUAAAUAAGGUAACGCAAGACUUAAGCUUAAUUUGCAUUUUUAAACAAAAAACUUUUUCACCGGUUUUAUCGAUAACUAUUCAAGUAAAAAAGACAAAGCUUUACCUGUUAAAACUUCCAAACCGAACUUUGUCACCUUGUUCAUGUAUUUCGGAAAUAGCUUGCUUGAUUAGUUGUGAAAUUUCUUAGUUUGUUACGGCAGCAAACCGGGAAAGCAUUUUGCUCGCAACCCACGCGAGUUUGGCGUCGCGCGCGGAGGAACUGGAGGUGAAUCAGUGAAUAGUGCAGGAUAUUCACUGAUUGAGUAGCCAAUCAGAGCGCCCGAAAAACACUAUCCACUGUUUUAGUAUAUACUAAAAAAAAUUAUUUGCUCGUAGAAGGGAAACAUGUGUAUCGACCGGGUUGCAUUUUGUGGGCCGAAUUUACUCAUCAUCUUAUCGAUCCUUUUAUUUUGCAGUUGAUUGUCAAUGUACACUUCCAAGAGUCACUGUGGAGCUCAGCAAAACCUUGAAAAAUGCUUCUAUUGUUUACGUUAACGAACCUUUCCAUCUUAAAGCCACAUUUCGAGACGACUGCAACACUAGUAAUGACUACAAACUAUACUGGGAAGUAUGCAAAUGCGAUGAGUACACUGGCUUGUGUGAUCAGGUUAUUCCUUACGGCAGGAGUUGGAGUCCUGACAGGCCAAAAACACUUUUUCCGAGACUUUUCCGUGGCGUUGGUUACUUGUAUAUUCGAUGUGUGUUUAAAAGAAUGACUGACAAAAUAAAAAAGCAAUUCGAACAAGUAAAGACGUAUGAUUACGGAUAUGUACGCCUUGAAUUUCCUCCACUUGUGGCAAUAAUCAGUGGUCCUGCGCGAGCCGUCAAGGGAAACCAAACGUUUGUAAUAUUAGACGCCUCUGAAAGUUACGAUCCCGAUAAAAAGUAUGAAAAGAUUGAGGGGAUGUCUUUAAACUGGCUAUGCAGAGAGCAAGGCCAGGAGGAACCAACGAAAAGCACAGAGAAGAUACAAACAAGUGGUUGCUACAAUUUUACAGGAAAACUAAACAACUCUUCACCUCUGCUUCGCGUUGACUUAAAGAAUGUUAAAGGAAAUAGGACAUACGUUUUCCAGGUCGUUAUUCGAAAGGGACAAAGAAUAUCUCGAGCCGUGUCCAAGCUCAAGGUAGAUGAGCCUUUUAUUUUGACCAUAGGGUGAGUGUACAGAGAUCAAUAGUUAUUAAGAGUAAUUUCUUUUCAGCAAAUAAAUAAUAAAAAAAUAUAGACCAUAUCUAAUAUCUGAGUUUGUGAAAUUAAAAUAUCUAUGUGUCAUUGAAAUAGAGUCGAAUCCGCGGCAUUAUAACAAUGGCAUUAUUGAUUUGCAAAAGAGUCCAUUGUCCUUAAUGUUUCUGACAUGGGAUGGUAGACUGUUGAAAAAGGUUGCGGCAGUGUCCUGAAAGGUGCCAGAUUCUUUGGGGAUACAUAACAGUGGGGCAACAGAGGAUCUCAAAGUUGUAUGCAGACACUGCAUAAGCACUAAGUUUAAGGUAUUCAGGACAAUUUGUAUCAUUCAGAGGUUUAAAGUCAAUUUAAGAACAGAAACUUUGCGUUUCUUACCAAUAUCUAGCCAGACGUGCUAUAGCAACAUCUAGGCCGGUGGUACAAUCAUCCAACUUAGACACCUUUGAGCGUAGGGAAAAAGUUGUGUCGUCAGCAUAUUGAAAGCACGGGCACCAAGCUUACUCUUGAACAUCAGCCACAUAUAGGUUAAAGAUCAAAGGACCUAAUACGGAACCUUGCGGUACUCCGAAAUCAACGCCUUCUUGGUCAGACCUUCUUGCAUCGCUCUGGAAAAACUGUCUUCGUUCACAGAGAUAGUUGAGCAUCCAUUUCAGGAGGCUUUUGGUGAAUCCCAUGACAUGCAUCUUGGUAAGAACUGGCUUAAACCUUACGGUAUCAAAUGCCUUCGAGUAGUCGGCAAUGACCAUAAUGGUGACCUCACCCCUCUUCAUGGCCUGAAUAAGAUCGUUCCGAAUUCUAAGCAAAACAGUUGUGGUGGGCUGUUCUUUCCUGAAGCCCGAGAUGCUUGGGGCUAAUAAAGAUUGUUCAUCAAUACAGUGAAAGAGUUGCCUCACUAGAGCACGAAACGCUCGAAGUCCUUGGAGAGCACGGGAAGUAUAGAGACCGGUGGAUAGUCUGAGUCCUGUUUUGGAUUUUUGACUUUAGGAACGGGUGAGAUGCGUGCAGUUUUCCAGAUGCGUGGAAAUUACGAAUUAGAGAUACACACGUUGAUGAUAAUUAUGUGCAAGAGGACCCGUAAGGAAAUCGCCAACCUGUUUAACAUAUUUGACGGGAAUUUGGUCAACGCUAAUAAAACAGUCCGAUCUAAGUGGGCUAAUCUCUUUGAGACCUCCUCAGUAGAUACCGUGCAGAGCUGGAAAGGAUAACGAUCGGGUUCAGGAAGUCAGUUAAGUCCACUAGAUCGGUGGGCUCUUUGGGCAACGUGCCCAGUGUUCUUUCCGUUGUCUUCAGUGAUAAAAUAAUUCAGCUGAUCAGGAUCUGCAACAAUAGGCAUGGGGCUAGGGUGAAUAACUCUAUGGAUAACCCGCCAAACCUCUUUAGGUCGCUUUGACGAGAGAGAGGUGUUCAAAAAUCCUCUUUUAGCGUUUCCGAUCACAACCUUUAUCCUAUUAAGCACAGCUCUGAAAGCAGUGAUAUCUAAAUCAAAAGACGACAGGUGUUUGAAGAAAUGUCAGUGAAAACAGUUAUUAAUACAAAAUACAAGUUAAAAAAUUCUCUUUCUACAAAUUUCAGUAAAUAUGUAUUUAUGAUAUAGAAAUUUUUACAUACCGUACAAUUUGUUUGGCUGGUAUGGUUGUGCUGUUUAUUCCACAGAUGGUGAAUUCAUAAACUCAUAUCAAUUUUGACUUUCUUCACAGGUGUAUUACAAAUUGUGGGGCCCAGGUGAGUGCCAGUCAGCGAUUCACUUUGAAAACCUCCUGCUCGGGCUUGCUUUGCCACCAUAUUGUUAAUUACAAGUGGGUGUUGUUCCAACUCUCUAACGAUCGUGACUGGGAAGAAAUACCAAACUUUGAGGAAAACAUACUGACACAUCUAGACAGCCCCAACCUCGUUAUUCCUGGUGGAAAACAAGUUUUGCGGGAAAGCAAUGAGUAUAAGGUUAUGGUUAUUAUGACCCUUGAUACUGGCUUCGUGACUUCCGAGGAAAUGAGGUUCGUAACCAAUUCGCCUCCACAUGUUUUCGAUGGGCGAGAUGGGUGCUUUGUAACUCCAAGUGAAGGGUUUGUUUUCACUACCGAGUUCAACAUCAGUUGUUCAGGAUGGAUGGAUUCUGAUCUGCCACUGAAUUAUGAAUUCAGGUAGGAAUUUUUUGUAUGUAUGCACUCCUUCUUUUAAAAUUCAAGGCACUCAAUUGGCUCUAACGGUCUCGUUGGUAACUGAACUUAGCUACAUGUAUAAAUCUACCAGUAGAGAAGGCGAACUAAAAAAUUAGUAGUCUGGAAAGCUCAUAUCUAAUACUUGAUAUUAUAAAACUGUUUUAGUGAGGCCUUAACUGCUGUUUAAAAAGUAAAAUCUAAGUCCAAGCUGUCGCCGAUCAACGGCAUCAUCAGGGAUGAGAAAAUAUUUCGCGCGCACCAUAUAUAUAUGCAAAGAAAGUGUAGGUUGAAAUGUGUAAAAGAUGUGACGUAUGUAUGAAAGCUAUAGAAAUAAACUGUGAAUGGAAUACAGAGCUCUAAUGAUAGAUUGUCUCUAGACAAAGGACUUCUAAAGGCGCUUAAGAAUGGUCUCUAAAGAAAUACUAAAAUAGAAGGUCUGCUAAUUCACGACAUUCUUCUCGGGAAUUGAGUGUAGGCUUGCACUUUUUAUUGUAAAAUGCUUAAUAAAGGCGUAGAUUAGCGGGGACAUUCUCGCUCAUAAUAAUCUUGACAUCAAUGCCUUUAUAGUCGUCUUUGCUCUGGCCGUAUUUAAGAGAACUUGUGUCAAUUAAAAGAUCAGGAAAUUAUAAUUUAAGAUCCUCCUCGGAUGGUUUGUUGCUUGCGACGCCAACUUAUAGAAGUAGGGUUACAUUAAGAGACAGAUCAUUCCAGGUCGCAACUCCGGCACUUUGGAAUGUAUUACCGCGUAAGAUUCGUUCUAUUACAGAUCUACGGAUUUUUAAGUGCCAUCUGAAAACGCACCUCUCUAGGGAAACUUUUUAUUGAUUUUUAUCACUAUAAUUACCAGUAUCUUAACAUAUGUUGUAUAUUUUAAUUUUAUUACAGUAUAUUUUAAAUAAUUAUUAGUUAGAUACCCUGUAUUAAAUUUUUAUUUAUACAUGUCAAAAUUCACAGAAGAGAGUUGGCAAGGACCGUUUACAGUUUACAGUAAAAAAUAGAUAGAAAUCAUGUAAUGUUCGCUUGAUCAUUUCAUGGAAAGCGCGCAAUAUAUGAAUUAAAUUAUUAUUAUUAUUAUUAUUAUUAUUAAUAGCUAUGUUUUUUCACAGAGGUGUUUUCAUUAUCGAGAUGUCCUUUUACGCGGUCGUGGAUGAAGCGUGUCGUGCUACCAAUGUAUUGUUGAUCGCAGCUGUUAGACGUGAGCUGGUACACUGCAUUUCAUCGUAGACACAAUCCGGUGCUAGAGAUAGGGCAUUUGUCUCUAGUGCAUUUGCACUCCUUGGAGGUGUGGGAUAGGGCUUGCCUGAGUGUUUAGGAUUUGUGUGCAAUGCGUACCGGGAUGUUUUCUUUUCUAAAAAUGUUAGUGAUCCUGUAAUUGAGUCGUUCAGAAAUGUAGGGGAUCUUAAGGUAUGACCAUUCUGUUUCGGCAGGUCGAGGCUUUCGUUGAGGGUUUUGUGAGCGUUUUGUCUUCUCUAUACUGUUCUCUGGAUAACCGUUAACGCGAAGGAUGUCAUCGAAUGUGUUUAGGUGUUGUGUUACAGAUAUAUGUGAGGAGCAUCUGUCCUCGAUGCGCUUUCGUUCGCUGCGAAUGAAGUUGAGUUUGGAUUUUGGUGGGAAUAGCUGAUUGAUGGUGGACAAAUAGUGGUUUCUUGGCUGGCUUUUGGUAGAAUUCAAAACAGCUGUUGCCAUCCUAGGAUAUGGUGACUUUGAAAUCCGAGUAGUGACAAUGACAGGCCACUCGGUCUUGUUUCUGGUUUUUCAAUUUCAAAUUUCAAAUUAGGGUGUACAUUGUUUAUUAUAUGAUGGAAGUCAUCUGCUGUUUCUUCAUUAGUUGUUUGGAGAUAAAUGUCGUCAAGAAAUAUCUCUUGUAAGGGCUUAUCAUUAGGUCCGAGGAGAGGGCGAUGGUUUCUAGUUUUUCCAUGAAUAUGAUUGCCCAGUGUGCCUGAAAUACUAGAACCCAUGGGUAGGGCUUCUCUUUGUACGUGUUGUUUAGCGUGUCCUAGAGGAGUUCUGAGACGUCUUGUUGGAGGUGGAGUAUUGGGUUCUGGAUUCUAUCUGUAGCGUCGGUGAUGGCCUCUUGUAUAGGUAUUGUGGUGUAUAGGGAUACCACAUUGAGGCUGCAUGGAUAUGGUAACGUUUUGUUUGUGGUGAGAUCGCCGGCUUGGAUACAUUUAAUGAAUGCGAGACUGUUUUCUAAAUGGGCUGGGACAUUUUUUAGCAUCGGUUUCAGGGCGUUGGCGAGAAGCCACAAAAUGCGUUAGGUGGUUCCAUUGAUGUUGGAUACGAUAGGUCUUGUUUUAAUAUCGGGGCCUGUUUUGUGGGUCUUGAUGAGAUGGUAGAAUCUGGGCAGUUCCGUGUUUGACGCAAGGAAGCGUUUUUGGACAAAGGGAGGGUUUUCAUUCGGUAGGCAGAUCUUCUUCCAGGCUGUGUUAACUUUAUUUUCAACUGUCUUGGCUGAUAUGCGGGGCACUUUUCGGUAGGUGUUGCAAUCACUGAGGUGAUCAAGGGCGACCUGUUUGUAUGUGUCUUGUUGCAUGACGCAGAUUUCACUGCCUUAAUCCCUGGGUGUUUUCAUUUACUCCAGCAGAGAGGCUGAACUUAGGACCUUUGGAUAGGAGGUUGAUUUCCUGAAUGUUAAGGUUGCGUGUGAGGUCAGUGAUUAGCUUUGUUUCGUUUGUGGUCCUUGGGGAGUGGGUGUUGUUUGUGUCAACGUUGUUCUCGCGUUUAAAAGCUGUGUUUAUUUGGUCGGGUGGAUUUUUUCUGAGGUGUAGUUACUGGUACUAUCGUUUCUGAGGUUGUCCAAUAGCUUAAGGAACUUUUUGCGGUGUAGAUUGCUAGUGGUGAUAUCUCUGGGAGCGGAUUUGGGAUGCUGUCUCAGGUGAGAACUGCAAUGUUAUCUUUUUGUUAAGUUGUUGUUGUUCGUGAUAUUUAAUGGCGACAACUUUCCGAAGUGCUCUCUUGCUUUCGUUCAGGACGAAGCGUUUGGUUCUCAGUUUAGAUUUCGCAGUAAUGGAUAUAAUCCCUUAAUCAUAUGGUAGUUUGAGGUUUGCGAUGGUCUUUGGAAGACGUUGAGUCGGGAGCAUUGGCGGAGAAAUAAGAGUCGUUGUUUGUUGACGGCCAAGGACUCGCUGUUUCGGAAUAUUUUCUUCAGGAGGACGAAUUCGGCUCGGCCUAAGCCUAGUUUCAAUAAUCUGUUCAUCUUGUCCUUCAGCAGUAUAAUUAAAAAUAUAAAUCUGUUCUAGUGAGGCCUUAAACUGCACAUCUUUUACACAUUUCACCCUACACUUUCUUUGCAUAUAUAAAGCGCGCGCUAGACAUUUUCUCAUCGCUGAUGAUGCCGUUGAUCGGCGCAAGCUUGGAUUUUAGAUUUUGCUUUUUAAACAGUAGUUUAAGGCCAGUUUUAUACUUGAUAUUAGGGUUAGGAACGUUUGGAUAUCUUCUUGGAAAUAUGAUGUCUUACCAUUGAACGUCACGUAUGAUAGAUUUCGGUUUUAGUUUGAAAACGCUUCAGGCAUCGCGUUUUUACCUUUUGCGAAUCACUGUUCAUAAAUUUAAGCCAGACAGGGUUGCGUGCUAUCGUUGUAGGGCAGGAUGAGGAGGUCGUGUUUUCCUUUUAUGUGCUUCAUGUUUAAGGAUUUUGAAGAUGAUCACUUUUGAAGGUAUUCUGUCUUAUGGAAAGAAUCAACAGUCUUCGUACUUUGAAUAUUUUUAACACAGAUAUCAGACCAGUUCUGGAGUAUUGCUGAUCAGUAGUGGACCUUCUUCCAGUGCUACUGCUCGCCUACCUCUUGGAAGGAUAACUCUGGAAGCUCGAGUAUCAGAUUCGGUGGGAGCCUCAAAUGUUCGACAAUUGCAAGUUCAGGUAAUAAUAUAAACCUAACUUGAUUAGUUUUAGCUCUCAGAAUACAUUCACUAGAAAGUGUUUGCAAAACCAGGUUCUCCUUUACCCUUUGGAAUGACCUGGCCACUGAACGUGAUAAGCCAUUCUCCUCUUAUUUUUACCUUUUGAAGCAAAAUCAGAGCAGGACGUGUGUAACAAGGCUUAAAUAUCCGCAGUAAGAAAAAAAAACUUUUCGUAAGUUUUUCAUAUCCCUGAAUACCAUAAAAUUUUUCGCGAUGUGUAACACUGUCCGCCAAGACUCGUUGUCUGGCUCCUCUUUUAAGAAUUCUUUUGUCCGUGCAUUAUAUAGUUAUUAUUCUUAUCAUUCAUUCAAAAUAUCCCUGUGUUUCUGAUUGGCUCAUUUCCCCCGGGUAAUUUUGCAUAACCAAAUUUGGCCAAAUUAAAAAGACGUUUGCCAAUAUCAGGACAACUGACGUCAAUUGUACAGGUAGCGACAGAUAACUAGGCAACAGAAGGCGCGGUAGCUCAACUGUUUUGGCAGGGCUCUAAAAAUGGCAGAAGAUUCAGGAAUUAUGGGAAGAAGAAAUAUUUCAACCACUGAUAUAAAACACGGCAAGCAUACCAAAAACAUCACUCAGCAGAUGACAACGGCUAUUCUGAGAAUGUCUAGAUUUGUUAGAGCAAACAUUCCUUACAUGACCAGAAACUGCUAAGGACCGAGCAAAUGAAGACGGGAACUGUAAAUAGAAGGAAGCGGGGUUUUCUGGAGCUGGAAUAUUUUAAAUGAAUGAAAAACAUUUACUGGAUUCGGCUAAUUUGAUUUAAAGACUUAAUCAGUUCUCGAACGCGCAACCCUUACGUUCAAAAUAUGCCAUAAUCAUAUUUAUCUAUCGCAAGAACCAUUCAAUCUUCACCCUCAACUGUUACCCGCCUGUACACCUAACAAAACAUAUCGAACGCAUUCUCCUAAGCUCCGAUUACUCCUAGUUAUAACAUACUCAUCACCCAAUAAUUGGUGAAAGUUUACGUCGGGUUUUGUGUUUCCGCGCCAAGGCAUUUAAAGAAAGUGCGCCUUUUUUAUGCGGCUUUCCGAGGAACGGGUUUGCGUGGAUGCAAUUCAAUUCAGUAAAGGGUUAAGUAAUUCAAUUUUCGUGAUACAACAGUGCACUGAGAAAGGUUGGAAGAAAUAAUCUCACUGCUUUGGUACAUGAGGAACGUUCUUAUUUAUUAGAUUGAUGCGUCUCUUGUCUCAUUGGAAUUGUGGUUAGGAUUCAAAUAAGCCAACGACUACACGAGUUUUCUCAAAAUCUUUAACAUACUACAACGGUCUCACUUGCACCAGCUUUGUUCAGAAGUAAAGAAGCAACUUGUCUUUCUUCCUACUUGCAAUAAAGAUUUAUUUUGUCAAGAUUGUUGAAAAAAUAUGUAAUCCGACUCACACUGUAUCAUGAUGAAUAAUAUUUCCUUUCAGGUGGUACCCGUUCUUGCAAAUGACAUUUCAGAAGCUCUUGAGUCGUCGCAAUCAGGAGGAGAAAGCCAGCUUCAGGAACUCGUUAACAGUGGUCAAGUUGAUGAGGCGGCGCAGAUGGCAUACACCCUCCUGACAGCUGUAGUGGGAGCUGACGUAGAUACUAACAACAAGCAAGCAGUAAGUGGUUAUGAAUAGCUUAAUGCUUUCUUCUGAAGAUAAGUUCCAUACUAUCAUUGCAUGAAAAUGCGUGAAUGGCAAGCAUGAAAAUAUUAAAUAUACCUUUACUUAGGGUAGGGGUCGUUAUACCAUGCGGCGCAUAAGUUCUCAAUGAAUUGGCCAAUUGCUAUUGGCCCCAUGACCAACCCCAGCCUGUUAUAUCGGGUGUGGUCUCUUCGCAGUGGUCAAACCGGUAUGAUUGAUCCGACCAGGGACCCAGAUGGCAUAGCUUUCGGGAUCAUUGAGAUCAUUUAAGCUCUACCACCGUGAGAAGGUGAUAAUGCCCAUGAUCCAGACGCAUGAUUAAUAUCAUGUUUAAACUAGUUCAAAUAGACACAUCUUCGACUAUCGGUAUGUCCUUAAUUUUCUACUAUUUAGUUCAAGAAAACCAUCGUAGAACAGAUAUCAACUGUAGAGGUUGACAGCAUACAACAGGUAACUCAACUAUCAGCAGUGGUUGUCAUGGCAACAGAGGGAGAGAAAGACAUACCCGCGACUUCACAGGUAUGACCACUUUCUUGACAAAGAGCUUUAUACCUUUAGAGUUCUGUUGUGUACGACUGUCCUGAUAACUGUACUGUUGGAAAGAGAUAUUCACAAGGAGAGUUGGAAGAACGGUCGCCGUCAUUGGAAAAGGAAAAAUAGUCGUGUCAAUGAGAGUUUUUUUUAAUUUAAAAAACGUUUAAACCGGUGAAAGCGUAGCCAGUAGGUUUUAUUGUAGUUUAUCACACCCACGAUACGGGUUCCUGGUAGAUUUUACAAAUGAAAUUGUCUUUAUUCUGUUGCUCCUUUUUAGGAAAAUGUAGUCGGCCUCUUAGAUAACAUGACUGACUUUCUUCUAAGAUCUGGAAUCAGUAGCAAAGAUCACGAUGUUGAGCUUUUUCAGAACGUUGGCGAAAGUCUUCUCCAAGGAAUGUCCAACUCCCUUACUAUUUCCUCCACUAAGGCAAGUUUAAAAAGACGGCAAGGAGAUGGAAUGCUCGAUGAAUCAGAGAACGAUGACAGCGUUGCAGAGACAGAGAGAAAAGCGGUAUUGAUAAUUUAUUUAUCUCUGUUUGGCUUUAAUGUUCAUUGAAAUGACCAGUCCAUUGCACUGAGUCGGCUCAAGGCAAACAAGAAGGAAACGUUUCCGAUCGAAGACAGUUACGACCACAUAAACUCACUAUUCGAGUAUUGUAUUUAAUCGGAAGCAAAAGGGAUGUACGAGGAAAAUUUUUAGAAAAGAGGGUCAAGCGUUUUUUGAUAUUGACUAAGGAACGCGAAAAAAUAUCCCGAAUGAGUUUUAAUUUUUAGCUUUGUCACAGAUAUGGAAAUGCCCUUUUUUUGGAGGUCAGAUAGGAAACAUAUUUAGUGUGAAUAAAAAUGUUCUUGAUGUCAGUUCAUUACAAUUUUCACCUUGCUGCAUGUAGUUAAUUAUUAUGAAUUCCAUAAUAUGUCUCCUUUCAAUCCAGAACGAGCACAUCUCCAAGAAAGUUCUUAAUUUAAUCAACAAACUUGGAGCCACUCUUCUAGCAACUAAGGUAGUUGAUGAAAAACCAAGCGUCUACCACACUGAUAAGUUAGAAAUGAUAUUGGAUCGACAAAGGCCUGCAAAAAUAUCGGGGAAGACUUUAGGAAAGAGCAGGGAGAAGGUCACUUUACCGUCUGCAGAGGAUCUCUUUGGACCUGAUUCUACACAUUUACCGUCUGUAGACGCUCAGGUGAGAUGGUAGUUCACUUCGAAAAAAGUUAUACCUAAGAUAUAUAAAGAACGAGGUAAUUACUUGGUGUUUCGCACACCAGCUGCCCCCCUGUGUAGGCGUACUUAUUUAGCCGGUACAAUUAUUCUUAGUCUUCAAUAAUCUAAAUAACUAAAAUAGCAGUUAUUUUUUCUCUCAGAUGACAACAUUUAAUAACAACCCGUUCACGUGGGCCUCUUCUGCCAAAAGUAUCAGGUCAUCAGUGGUGGAAUUCAAUCUAAAGAAAAACGAUGGAACUAUCAUUGAGGUUUCUGGCCUCAGUUAUCCUGUCGAACUUUUUUUACCAGUUACUAGAUCACGCGAGGACUCGAAUAAACGUGCAGAUGAAAUCUAUUUUGUAAAGCCCAGCAACGGAACUAACAAUCUACGAUAUCAUCGAAUUAAUAUUCCAACCAUGGAUGUCAUUGUCUCCGUCGAGAUUAAACCUGAAUUGGGCCAGUUUGUCACAGUUUUCGUCAGCGCGGGAAAAAAGCCAACACCCAGCGAAUACCAGUAUAAAAGAAGAAUUCCAGAUUUUUCAUCUUGUUCAGAGACUAACCAAAGCACUCGAAACCAUACGUGCAAAAAGAACCCUUACGAGGUCACGUUAUCUAGUGAUGUCACUGGAAAAACGGGAGCACACUACGUAGGCAUAAUGUUUACGACCAAUGAGACACAAGAAGAUCGCAUACGAGUAGUUCGAUCGUGUGGAAGUAAGGGCGGCAGACACAAGCGUUCUUGCAUUAGUGUUAAGGAUCCCCCUACCACCCCUCCCCCAACACCCAAGAUUAUAAUUCCUUACUAUAACGCCAACACAGAUGUGAACUACACCAUGUCUGCGAAAGUAACAAGUUGCUUGUAUUGGUCUGAGAAGAAGCAAGAUUGGAUCAAUGAUGGAUGCUCGGUAAGUUGGUGUAAAUUACUUCUAAAUCGCAGAAUUUUGAACAAAUAAUUAGUUGCUUCUCCCAGUCUUACGUAAUGUUUAAAACAGGAACAGCAAUAUUUUAUCACUGUGUCAGAGUCAGAACUCAACUGCUCCCUGAAUUUCGCGUUCCCAAAAAUCCUAUAGUUGUUUCAUGCCCAAAGUUUUAGAGCCAGAUUUUAAAAGCUUAGAGAUUGCAUUUUAACGUGGAACGUCUUUUGUUAAAUGAAACGAUGUACUGGGUGUGAUUUUAGGCCUUUGAAUGCCACAAGAUUUUGCUCGCGUGAAAUCCUCAAAAUUUUGUAAAUAUUUAAAAACCUGGAAAAUAUUGCAGUCGCAAUUAGUUCAAGCAAAUAAGUACUCAAAGGUAUUAUGUUGAAAUCCCUUUUAUAAGAAGAGAACCUUCUGGUUUGAAUGUUGAUGUUUGAGUUAGAUUCAAAUCGAAAACUCUUUGUUGCUCGGUCACGGGCCUCGAAAUAUUUUCAGUAGUAGAAUACCGAGGGUAGUUGACACAUUUUUUUUUUGGCGUUUUUUGAAUUUUUUAAAACUCCCACCCCUAGUCGAUAUUUACAGACAUCUGCUCUUAAGCCAAUUCUUAUUUAUUCUAUUGUCUGGAUCACGUCUUCUUGUCGUCAAUUGUGCGAAAGCCUCUUAUAGAUCUUUAAUACCGUUUACUCAAGAUAGGCCCCAAAACAAGUUACGGAGUUCUCCACUGCAUGUGCACUCAUCUGUCUGCUUUUGGUGGAGAUUUGUUUGUGGCUCCUAAUCCAAUCGAUUUCGAUGAAGUUUGGACACAGUUAAAUGUACUCGGAGAAACUGGCAAUUAUGUCGUGUUGGCGACAGUGUGUUCCAUAUUUGGUUUCUAUUUCUUGGGACUGGUUUUAGCACGAAGAGCGGACAGAACAGAUGAAAGAAAGGUAAGACUAGAUUUUCCAUUGAUUUUCAAGAAUGAAAACAGUUUUUUCGAAGAGGAUAUAUGCUAAAUAUCCGUUGUCAGAUGAAAAUACCUCCUUAAUUGUGCAUGUUAGCAAACUUUGACGUUGACAUACUUGUGGAAAUGAAAGCUGAUAUUCAGAGACUCUUUUACUAAACGGAUUUGGUCAUGAAGUAGAUGGAUGGGUCAAAUUGCAUGGGAACAACAAUUGCAGAUUAACGGUUGUUUUAUACGCUUAGCAGAAAACAAGUAUUAUUUAAAGGUCAAGUGAACCAAAUUUCGACAUUUUUUAUGCUAGUUCAAUUCUAGUGAAAUGUGUUUCAUGUGAACCAAAUACACAUACUAUGAGGUUUCAGCUCAAUCGAAGCAAGGAUCUCCGAGAUAUUUGCAAUUAAAAAUUGUUUCUUUUUGGCCCUUGUCUUCGUAGAACGGUCGGAAAAAUUGUCGGCAAAAAACAGCUUGUGACGUCAAUGUUGGUCAGGUGAAAAAAGCGGAACAUUCAAAACAGUGUUUUUCGAGUCGAUUGGGCGCAGAAUUUAUGAUGGUUUGUGCCGCCAUAAACCUGGAGACAACAAGCAAUUUGUCUUUAAAAGUUACAAGCUAUGGUUAUAACCUUCUUAUUAUUUAAUUUUCUCGAAGAAUACAUCAUAGUAUAAAGACGAACUUUAACGAAAUUAAUUUCCUUGCGUUUUACCGAAAAUGUGCGGGCGUAGGACGCUGGUCCGAUUUUUUUCAAGAUGCAUUCACAAAGUGUGUUCAUAUAACGAAGUUCCUGGGUAUAUAAGGUCCGGAGCUCCUCUGUGGAUACAAAAACAAAAUAUCUUUGUAUAGUGAUUUGCCCAAAGAAAUUCACGCUUGCCCACAAUUUGUUUGAAGUCACUGAACUUUGUCGCACUCGAGCUGAUAUUAGAGGAUGUUAGCAUCGACAACGAGUACGAGUUCUAGAACGAGAUCACCGAUUUUGCGUACUGCGCAUCCGUUCUGCGCAUCUCCACGUUUUCAAGUCGUCCUGUCAAGUUGCACUACGACGAGUUCUCACCAAAAACUCGAAGUGGGUAGAACGACUGGGAAGAGCUGGUUUUCAAAGGUAAAUUCUGAUCGUUUAAUGCAGUUUGUUUUCGUUUCUAGCCUCUCUUUAUCAUCUUGAACAUUCCUUUUAUUAUGUUUUAUGUAAAAUACUACUUUUGAAGUCGAGGAAAAGUAACCGAACGCGAUAUUUCCUAUACAGAGUAAAUUUGCAUUUACCCGGGAAAGUUUCAUGUCUCUCCACAGCCCUCACAGGCUCACGAAAUAACCCCUACUUCGACUCAAAUUUGGCGCCCAGUCAUGCGGAAUCCCAUAGUUUUAUUUUCCAUAAACUCGAACUCAGUGUCAUCGCUAACAUAGAAAGCUGAGAAAACGACUUCGAGUACGAGUACGGCUUGAAGUCGUUCUCGUACUCGAACUCGUACUCUAAUUUAAAACCCACGCUCGAUCGGACACUUGUAGCUUCGCAGAUCACUAAAAUAUAAACAAAAUCCUCCAUGUAGAAGUUUUGGAAUUGAUAUGUGGGCAGAAAAACAGUUAAUCUUUAUCUGGUAAAAUCUUCCCUAAAAUCAGUUUCAAACAACUAUGUAAGUAAGAUGUCCUUCAAACCGGCAACGUUAAAGUUAAACAAAAAUUUAUUUUCUAGUUAUCUAAAUGAUUUAAUUACCCACUGAGGUCACUUUAAUGACCAAAGAUAGACCUUUAGACGCCACUUUAAGCUCGCAAAGAGAUGCGACAAGCAAAGAACAAUUCCAUUGACCAUAAAAUUCAGUUUAAGUGAAUUAAAAAAAGCUUCAAAAAGGUUGCAAAACAAUAAUUCUGCAAAGGUAAAUAAAUCUGGGCAUUUAAAAAAAGUAAUCGUAACUACUAAUAACAGAAUAUAAGCGGGUUUUAAUUCAGCCCGGCGAAAGAAUGCGAAGCGCUGGGCACAAAAUCAACUCACAAUUCGAAUGAACAAUUAAGCUUAUCAGAAAAAUACAAAUCUCUUUGGAAAUGUUCAAAACGUUGUAUUCCACCUCCGACUGACCGAAUGAUCCGUUUUUACGCUAACAUUGAUUGUUCUGAAUCCAAAGUACUUUUCAAGUGACGAAAAAACAACAAGAACAAAAACAAAAAAAAGGCUUUACAAGGAGCAAACGUUCGCACCUGGUGUAUUUCAUUCAGUCUCAGUCAGAACUCUCACAGAACGACACAAACAAACGCAGUCAACUGACGCAGUCAACAAACAGAAAAGCCCGCCUUGAGCCUGCGAUAAGGGAUGCGCAGAAGCGUGCGCAGAACGUUUUUCCGCCCUGAAGACUAACAUUGACGUCAAGUAGUCUCCAAUCCAUCGCACGGCCGUUUCAGAAACGCUUUCGUGAAGCCUUCGGAAAUGCUCGGAUUUUGAUCUUUUAUCUUUCUAUAAAGGCUUGGGAAGAAAAAUCUUUAUCCAAAUCUCUCUUAGGAUGGUUCUUUUUAGUGUUUAGUGAAGGUAAAGCGACAAAAGAAAAUAUUUCAAUUCUUUGGUUCAUUUGACCUUUAAAUUAGGCUUUGCGAUGGCAGACUAAUUUCUUAUUAUUAUUCAAAAGGUAGUGGGAAAUGUGUAUCUGAGUGACUGUAGUUCCUUAAAUGGGUUUGUCUACAAGCUCCACGUACAGACCGGAAUGUGGAACAAUCAAGGAACAACUGCGUCUGUGGGAGUAGUACUUUAUGGUGAGGACGGCUGCAGCGGACCAAUAUCACUCUCUGAUCCAAAAGCCAGACGAGUACUAUUCGCUCGUGGAAGUGUGACUAGCUUCACCCUUUCACUUCCUUAUUCUCUUGGCCGUCUGUUUAAGAUACGUAUCUGGCAUGACAACAGUGGUGACAAUCCUGCCUGGUUCUUACAGCAGGUGGAAGUACAAAAUGCAAAUAGUGGAGAUAAAUGGCAUUUCCUUGUUAACCGGUGGCUUGCGCUUGAGAAAGGAUCUGGAGAAAUUGAACUUGAAAUUAAUGCUGCAGAUAAAGAGGAACUCGAGAAAUUUAAGAAUAUUUUCUUGUUUAGAACCGCGAGAAGUCUGGGUGACGGGCAUUUAUGGCUGUCUGUGUUGACCAGGCCUCCGCAUAUUUCGUUCACUAGAUGCCAGCGUUUAUCAUGCUGCCUAUCAGUUUUGUUCAGUGCCAUGGUAACAAACGCCAUGUUUUACAACUUUGGUGCAACGCCUAAAGAUUUCUUUCUGCUGGGUCCGUUGAAGCUGAGUUGGACGCAAAUUAAAAUUGGGAUCCAGAGUAGUUUGUUGGCAAUUCCGAUAAACGUAUUAAUUGUGACAAUUUUUAGAAACACUAAGCAAAAGUCACAGGAGCAUGUGUACAAAAUCAGCGUUGAAGAAACUGAACAGAAGGCACCGGGCUGUCUUCCUCACAUCUUUAUUUUUAUCGGGUGGCUAUUGUGCCUAGUAACGUCUUUAACUGCAGCGGCUUUCACAGUGUUUUACAGCAUGAUGUGGGGAGCUGACACAUCAAAUCAAUGGCUCACUUCAAUAACUGUAUCAUUUAUUCAGGAUGUUUUUGUCUCUCAGCCAGUCAAAGUUAUUCUGUUGGUCUCCCUGUUAUCACUCAUUGUCAGGAAAACACCGGAGCUAGAGAAAGUUUUUGGCGUUUCUUUUCAGAAAGGGGAAGAAUAUAACAAGACCAUCGCUCGACCACCCCAGGGAGAGCAACUGGCAAAAGCAAAGGACUUCAGAGCUAAAGUUCAAGGAAUGUACAAAGUUCUGGCAGAAGUUAUGUGCUCCCUUAUUUUCGUGGUGCUUCUAAUGAUCAUUUGCUAUGGAAACCGAGGGACGAUGCGGUUUAUGCUGACGAGUUCCAUGGAAGACAUGUUUGUCGAUUUCAAGGUAACGAAUCUUUCAAAUGUCGGGUAUAUAGUAUAUCCAAUAAAACAGACCGCCCCAUGUAAUAUGAUAAAAACGUUUCCAUAUUUGUUUUUAAUAUAUCAACAGUGGACGUAAAACCUUUUUCAUUUGAAUUCGCAAAACAAGGGUAUUCCAAGGUUCGUGCAGUUUUACUAGUGUGCUUAAAGAAUAAUCUCUCCUCCUAUGAUUUUCUUCAACGGGUUUUCUGAUUUGGAUUUUUUUUACAAUUUCAAUUCAACUUUCAAGGAGAACAUGUGUAACGGUUAAUGCGAGGAUACCCUUGCUGUUUUGUUUUUCAAGGUGCGGGUAACGGUAACAAAUGGCCAUUGAUUUAAAAGUCUGUUUUUGAAAUUGAGCUAUCGGUGCCAUUCACUAGAAUCUCUAUAGCACAACGAGGCUUUCUGAUUUGGCAUUCCUUUUAAACUGUGUCGUUUGCUAAUUCAGGUUAAGGAAGGAAAUAUUUCAACAUUUUGGAACUGGACACAGCUCCGGCUUCUUCCUGCCUUGUAUGACACUGAUUGGUAUAAUGGGCGGAAGUUUGAUUACAAAGAAGGGUUUGUAGGCAACAGAGAGCUGUUUAUGGUUGGGAUGCCCCGUCUUCGACAAAUAAGAAUGAAGCCAGGUAAGAUCCAAAAUCCUUUAUAGCGAAUGCUUAUGGAAUAUUUUGAUUUUAUAGCGCACUCUUACGCAAAACACGUCAAUUUCUACGCGACUAUAUUUAUAAAAGGGUUAAAGUAAGAAAAAAAAUACUCUGUUCAUGCAAACUGAACUUCCUCUAACCUGUGGGAUGGAGUUCGUAGGCGUCAGCAAAGUAGAUGUCCUUUUUUUCCGAUAUUGAAAUACAGUGUAUACGUAAUCUUCAAUUUGUUGCCGUUGACAAAUCAGAAACCAUGAACAGGAUUAUGUCACUCCUAGAUUAUGUGAAAUACAUUUGUUUAUUUUUUUAACUAUAUAACACGUGAACGGAGAUCCUCCAUCUUUCCUGGUCAGGAUUGAUUUACAUAUGUGCGUGUGUUUUAUUAUCAACAGCAAAUCACUGUCAGGUAGCCGAGGAAAUUCCUAGUCUGGGAGGGACAUUUAGCAGAUGCAUUCCUCCUUAUUCAGCCGAAAAUGAAUAUAAAGCACGAUACAGUUUGCCUGGAUGGCUUCCAGUCACAAAUACAACCUUCUUUCAGUCCCUAUUUGACUUGCAAAAGUUGUGCCCUAAACCUUGGAGAUAUCUAACUUCUUCGGAACUACAAACGCUCUCAUAUCAAGGUUUUUACAGCAUUUAUGAUGGUGGUGGAUUCGUAGCUGAUCUAGGAUAUAAUCUUAAAUCUGCCUUGAAUGUUGUAAACAAACUGAAGGGAAGUAAUUGGAUCGACGAGUUCUCGGUUGCCGUGUUCGUUGAAUUUACGGUAUUCAAUCCUUCGAGUUCAUUUUUCAGUAUUAUAAGGUGUCUUUACGAACGAUUUCCUACCGGCGGAAAGGCGUUUUCAAAAAGCGUCAAAACACUGACGUUAUACAAGUCACCCAGCGGCAAUUUUCAGAUGUUUUACGAGGUCUGCCAGUUGCUAUUUAUUGUCAUUAUCUUGCUUUUUGUUACUAAAGAAAUAUUUAAAGUUUAUAACCAAAAGAAGAAGUAUUUUACCGAUCUUUGGAAUUGGAUUGAGCUUCUCCAAAUAGCCACAGCCAUUUGUGCCGUCGUCAUGUUCUUUAUGAAAGCCAAAUACACAAGUUCGUUUGUGAAGAAGGUCAGGAAUAACCCCUUUGAAACAUCAAGUGCUGACUAUAUUGUCCUUUGGUCUACGGUUGAGGCCUAUGUCCUGUCAUUUCUCACAUUCAUUGUCACUAUAAAGUUCCUUCGCGUUAUACGCUUUAACCGGCAUGUUUGUCAGAUGAUUGGGACACUAGCGAGAAGUUUAAACCCGCUUGUUUCGUUCUUUAUUGUUUUCAUGGCCGCAACCUUAGCUUACGCCCAGUUAGCGUUUCUCCUUUUUGGCUCAACUUUAGAUCAGUAUUCUUCAUUUUUCAACUCAUUGCGAGCUGUUCUACAGAUGCUGUUGGGAGGAAAAAUAUUUUUCUAUGAGUUAAAAUCGGCAGACGGUCUGCUUGGACCGUUGUUUGUGUUCCUGUAUACGUUCACAAUGACAAUGAUCCUUUUAAAUAUGUUUAUUGCAAUUUUGAACGAAUCUUACAUCGAAGUAAUGGAAUACCCCGAGAAGGACUUUACAAACGCUGAUUUGGGAGAAUUUAUAAUUGCUUAUAUCGGCAGAAAUCUGCGGAUUUUCGGAAAGCGAAUCUCCUCCUUCCUGAAAACGCACUUUCAACGAAAUGACUCUUCAAGAAAACAAGAAAAUAAACGAUGGAUAACACAAGAAAAUAGAAGGUCAUCGGAAACCGAGAGAUUGAUUCUACUUGAAGACGAAACGGAUAGAAUCGCACAGACCGCUUGUCCCCUCGCUUCUAUUGAAUCUCUGAGAGAUAUUGAGUGCACCUUGGACGAGUUGCCUGCGGAAAGUAACUUGGACACACUUCAAGAUUCUGAAAAUGCCACAAUCUCCCUGCUAUCUUUAGACGAGCAAUACGAGUCAAAAGAAGAUGAGAACCUUCAUGUGAUAUUGCAGGAUGUAAAAGGCGUUAUCAAUUGCAUGGAAUUCAUUUCGGGUUUCCGCCCUCUGCGCCCGAUAAGAGAAUCUGUCGUAUGA